AUGUACGCGGACUUCAUAGCUGGCUGGGCAGCUGGUGGCGCUGGCCUACUUGUCGGAUACCCGCUGGAUACAGUGAAGACGAGGCUGCAGACGAUAGUUGCUUAUAAGGGAAUAGUGGACUGCUUUGUGCAAACGGUUAGACAAGAGUCGAUCUACGGCUUGUACAAAGGUGUAUCGGCGCCACUGCUGUCAGCAGGUGUUGUUCAUUCUCUGCUUUUCACUGGAUAUGGCGUUGCUCUACGGUUGUUGCACCCAGGAGAAUCGCAUUUAGAGGCGAGGAAGGAUUUGCCCAUUUCUGAGAUAUUGUUUGCUUCAACGUGUGGAACAAUAGCCCAGGUAAUUCCGAUUAUACCCAUCGAGCUUCUCAAAACACGUCUUCAGGUGCAACGAGAGGGCGUGUCGCGUUUCACAAGGCAUGCGUCUGUGCUUUAUUCAGGGCCGAUAGAAUGUGCGCGACAAAUCGUCAAGAAAGAAGGAAUUCGAGGCCUUUUUAAGGGCGGAAAACUGAUAUUCUUCCGCGAUGUUAUUGGCUAUAUUUUCUACAUUCCAGUAUACGAGUUGACAUUACGAUUUAUGCGAACUAAACAGAUCAGUGAAACAACUUCACAGUUAUUCUCUGGAGGAUGCGCUGGUGUUUGCGGAUGGCUUUCCGUUUGCCCUCUUGAGGUCAUCAAAACUCGAAUACAGGCCGAAAACACGGCGAGAAAAAUGUUGGUUGCUAAAGAGAUGGCAAGAGAAAUGUGGAACGAAGCGGGUGCUCGCUCAUUCUACCGAGGGGGUUUGGCCUUGUCCAUGAGAGGGUUCGUCGUCAAUGCCGUCGUGUUUCUCGUUUAUGAAAAUGUAUACAAGACCGUGGACAACACCAGUACCAAAUUGUUCUUCGCAUAG